CUUUAAUAACAGCCAGUCUGCCCGGUGCAGCCAUAUUAGACAAAGUCUUUAAUUUCUUGCCACUGCUUUCUUAUAUUAGUCGACAUAUCAUUUAUUCAACCACACAGCAGUCCCUUUCCAUCAUGCUCUUCUCAGCUACCAAGACCCUGAUGGUGGCCCUGGCCGUGCUCGGGUUUGCUGCUUCAGCGCCAGUCGAUCUGGUGGAGCGCGACCAGAAAGUCAUUAUCGGCUAUCGCACUAUGGAAAAGUCGAAAGCCGAAGCGUAUAACAAACAGGGGACUGUCGUCUGGUAUACAGCUAGCGGGGUUCAGCUAGGCGAUGUGGUCUACCUCACACCCGCUCCUGGAGAAUGGAAAGCUCCAGACAGUUACUGGCAUUGUGUCAUUUACGCCGAGCAAAGCAAGUGGCUCGCCGCCAAAAAGGCUUGGAUCCCGGAGACGUACGACGGAAAGAAACUUUGGUAUCAUCCGGACAGUAUCGAUUCCUACCUCAAGACCGUCGAGCAUCAGACGCCAGAUGAGACACUUCGUCUAUCCAAGAUUUCCGGGGAUGAUGCUGUGUACCAGUUGGGAAUCCCCAAAGCCAUGAUAGGUAAAACAGGUCAUCUUGGCCUGAUGGCAACUUGCAAGGCAAAGGCUUCGGAGCUUCCUCAACACGCUGUUAAUUACAAAACAGUGCAGAAUGCUGUGGGCACCCCCCAGUAAGUGACAAGCCUGCUUGAAGGACGGGGGUUAGCAGCCACUGUGUUCAAGGACUCUUGGGGUCGAAGUCGGUGAGCUGUCAUGUGCGUGUCUGUCAGACCCUUCCAUCACCAAAUCAUUGGUUUUCUUUUCCGCUUGUUUUUUAUUUGAUGCUACUGUAUUCAGUUGCUGUUCAAGCUUUAUCUGCUUCAUCUUCAUUUAUCUGUAUUUGAUAUCUAAGAAAUGUAUCGUCCAAUUUCGAUGAUGUGUUGCCUGGGACCAUCGUUCGGAUCUUGUACAGUCAUUCAUUCAAAUAGUCUCACUUUCUCUUUCGUGUGAUUGCGUGAAUAGUUUAUGUGUAUUUCUCAUAUGUAUCGACGAUACAGUAAUAUCAAUUUCAUUGUUUGUCU